UGGACAUAGCAUCCUUCUUCCUUUCCUUUCUCUUUUCCUGUCCAGCGCCUUCAUAACUGCGAAGGUUGGCAAGGCCCUUCUGCGUGAUGUCCUACAAAUUAUCUGCGACCCUGUCCGCGCACUCUGCAGAUGUCAGAGCUGUGGCUUCGCCCUCGGACGAUCUCAUUCUCUCUGCUUCGCGUGACACGACAGCAAUCGUAUGGAACAGGACGUCUGGCUCAUCAUUCGCGAGCGCGCAGGUUUUCAAAGCAGGCGAUCGAUUCGUGAAUGCACUGACAUACAUCCCGCCGUCCAAAGAUGCCUCUCAAGGACUCCUGGUCGCGGGAGGACAGGACAAGAUCAUCAAUGUGUUCGACCUGGCCUCGGGUAAAGCGGAACCCAGCUAUUCGCUGAUCGGCCACACAGACAAUGUCUGUGCCCUACACUCCCUACCGGAUGGGACUAUUAUAUCUGGUUCAUGGGACAAGACCGCUAAAGUAUGGAAGGACUUCCAGUCAGCAUACGAUCUCAAAGGUCAUGGCCACUCCGUGUGGACUGUUCUCGCCCUUGGCAAUGAAGAAUUUUUGACCGGAUCCGCUGACAAGACUAUCAAACUAUGGCAAAAGGCUGCCAGCAUACACACAUUCGAAGGGCAUCAGGACGCAGUACGGGGUUUGACGGUGGUUCCCGAUAUCGGCUUCGCAUCUUGCUCCAACGACAGCGAGAUUCGCGUCUGGACCAUGGGAGGCGACGUGGUCUAUACUCUCACCGGUCAUACAUCUUUCAUCUACUCUAUCUCGUUACUUCCCGAUGGUGCUUUAGUCUCAUGUGGAGAAGACCGCAGUAUCCGUGUUUGGAGAGAUGGCGAACUGGCGCAAACCAUAAUUGUUCCCGCUGUUUCCGUCUGGUCCGUUUCCACUAUGCCCAAUGGUGACAUUGUGGCAGGGUCGAGCGAUGGUGUGGUGCGGGUCUUCAGCGUCGUAGAGCCACGGUGGGCGCCUCCCGGAGAUCUGAAGGAAUUUGACGAUGCAGUAGCCAAACAAGCCUUGCCCGCCCAACAAAUUGGAAACGUCAAAGUAUCCGAUCUUCCCGGCAUGGAGGCUCUCGCUCAACCUGGGACGAAAUCGGGACAAACAAAGAUGAUUAAGAACGGUGACAAAGUGGAGGCCUACCAGUGGGAUGCCCAAGCUUUCACAUGGCAACAAGUGGGCGAGGUCUUAAGAGCAAAUGACGAAGAUGAUCAAUACAAAGGGUACGACCAUGUAUGGGACGUAGAUAUUGGAGAUGGGAAAAUGCUCAAGCUGCCGUACAACGACUCGGAGAACCCUUACGUAGCUGCGCAGCGCUUCCUCGAAAAUAACAACAUCCCGCUGGACCAACUCGACGUGGUCGUGCGGUUCAUUGAACAGCAUUCAAACGCUUCCCGGAGUCGGUCAGCGGGUCCGAGCACAGAGUUCGUUGAUCCAUACACAGGUUCUUCGAGGUACACCGGUUCAACAAGCUCCGUGCCCUCGGCGGGCCCAUCUUCGUUCGCCGAUCCAUACACAGGUGCAUCUCGGUACUCUGGUUCACCCGCACCUGCUGCCCCUACCCCAGCAGCCGUACCUUCACGCUCCCCUCCCUCUGUACUGCCAGCGCGUGAGCCGCGAACCAUGACACAAGCAAACAUCAACGCUAUGCAAGCAAAGCUGUAUGACAUCGACGAGGCGCUCCGGAGCGAGAUAUCGACGUCGUCCCUGGCAAUGUAUCCGCAGGAGCUGCGAUUAAUUGACGAGGCCUUUGUCUUUGUUUCGCAAGCUGCACAGUCACCCGGAGCGUCUCCUUCUGCGCCGAACUUGAAUUCACAUCAUGUGGAGGCUCUCACGUCCGUGCUGGAACGCUGGCCUACCUCGUCGCGCUUCCCAGUCAUGGACCUAAGCCGCUUGGUCGUCGCGUUUUCACCCGCCGCAUUCUCUUCUCAAGAGUUGAGGUUCCAUUUCAUAGAGGCUUUGUUCACUGGGGCGGAAUGGAGCCAGCCGUGGACGCAGCCAUUAUCGAAGCAACGAGAAACGAACAUCUUGCUGCUACUCCGUGCUUUGGCGAACGCGUUCACUGGCCCCAAAGUGGUCGACAACAGUGACUGGACGAAAUUGGUCCUGGAGCGUCUCCAGCAAGGUCAGUAUGAGGUGCUCUCCCCCAAGGCACGCGUCGUGCUGGCGACGGUGCUGUACAAUGUAUCAUGCAUCGCGCUGCGUACGAAGUUUGCGUCGGACGUCCGGACUCUGCUGCUGGGCUUGAUCUUCCGGGUGUUGAAGACCGAGAAGCAAGAGUCGGAAGCGUACCAUCGCGCGCUGGUGGCGCUGGGGAACGUGGUGUUCGCCGCGAAAGAGCAAAAUGCGCCUCUCACUACCGCACAAGCGGCUGAGGUCCGGCAGUCCAUCGGGGUCGUACCGGGUCAGUUCAGCGAGCGCGAGAGGCCUGUCGUGGCCGAUAUCAAUGGACUUUUGUAAUUUCUGCCAGAACGUCUUUGCUGUUCGAUUGCGCCCCUUGAAGGUUAAUUCCACAGGUCAGGUAUAGGGUCUAAAUGCAGGUGUGGUGUAGAUAAAGCAGAUGUGACUAAGGACGGUGUAGAUAGGGUGCAUAUGAUAGUAUACUGACAGCUUGUAGUCCUAGGCCUCGUGUACUAUCUUUGGGUAAAUUGUCAUUGAUCAAUUGAAACAUGUACUCCAUGAUAGAGGAGAUCGCAACCUUCUGGGACGCAAACGAAACC